AUGGACAUGCUUCGUGAGACAUUUUCCCGUUUUGGCAACUCGGAAUCUUUGGUUUCAGACAACGGAACGCAAUUCACCAGUGAACAGUUCCAGCAAUUUUUUCAUGCAAAUGGUAUCAAACAUCUCCGUACUGGUCCAUACCACCCGCAGUCCAAUGGCCAAGCAGAGCGAUUUGUCGAUUCCCUCAAGCGUGGCCUCAAGAAGCUGCGUUAUGGAGAAAGUUCGCCUACACUGGAGCAUCUGCACACAUUUCUUUCGGUGUACCGCUCUACUCCAAACCCAAAUACUCCCGAAUCGACGUCUCCAGCUGAAGCGUUCCUAGGGAGACCAGUACGCAACACGUUGGACCUGCUAAGGAAACCUGAUUCCGUUACUUAA